CUUGAAAAGAGAGUUCUCAUUCCUCAGCUCUGUAUUUGAGGUUAUGUAGACAAGAACAGCUGACUAGCUGAGACAAGCACAGCCAUGCGACUCUCUCUCCUGCAUAUAAUGUUGCUCGAUGUGAUAUCUCUAGUGAUGGGAGCUAAGAUAUUAGCCAUACUUCCAUACUCAGGCAAGAGUCACUUCAUCUUCGUUUCUUCAGUUCUCCAAGCAUUGUCCCAACGAGGACACCACAUAAUAGAAUACAGUCCACAUCCACCAUCUAAACCAACACCAAACUAUACUCAUGUAGAGAUUCACACUGGUUUUGAAAACACCAUCAAAAAUUGGACUUUCCAAGAGUUUAUCGAGAUUUGCAGGAACGAUGCAACCAACAUUGAAGUUCUGUGGGAAAUCACGUAUGGAGUUUGUUUACACACAUUUCAAAAUGAGGCAGUUCAAGAACUAUUGGAUUCUGAUCAGCAUUAUGAUCUUGUUAUUACGGAAUCAACAUUUGGACAGGAGUCAAUGCUCGUGUUUGGCCAUAGAUUUGGUGUUCCAACCGUAACUUUGCAGGGAAUACCCACCUGGAGUGCAAUGAACCUGAAUGCUGGCAACACUCCAUCUGUAGCUUCUAUAGCUGACUUCACAGUGAUUGUGGGAACAGAUGAUAUGUCUUUUAUGGAAAGGUGCAAAAAUUUCUUUUACGUCAUGAAGAUACUAUUUGCCUAUUACAACUAUCAUCUUCCAGCCCAUGAGUAUAUAUUGAAGACGUAUUAUAAAUAUGAUUUCCCCCCUCUUGUAGAAAUGGUUAGUAAUGUAUCACUCUAUCUUGUCAAUGCUCAUGAGACAGUUGGGUAUGUUCAGCCCUAUACACCUAAUAUUAUUCCCAUCGCUGGCAUCACCAUCUCACCCGACAGAGUGCCUUUAUCUGAGGAAGUUAAAAAAUUCAUGGAUAAAGCUAAGGAGGGAGUCAUAUACUUCAGUUUUGGAACUAUGGUUCCAGUUCAUCUCCUUCCCGAAAAUAUACUUCAAGCGUUUGUUAACGUGUUCAAGAAACUGAAGCAGAAUGUUCUUUGGAAGACAGAUCUAGAGAGUAUACCUGGGCUGACAAAUAACGUGAUGCUCAUAAAAUGGGUGCCUCAACCUGGUGUCCUUGCUCACCCUAACUGUGUUUUGUUCAUAACUCACGGCGGGUUGUUCAGUCAGCACGAAGCCAUCUAUGCUGGGGUCCCCAUUGUUGGUGUUCCGUUCUUUGGGGACCAACCUUUCAACAUGAGAUUUGCUGAGCAUCGUGGCUUCGGCAUCAAGCUUGACUUUCAUACCAUCUCAGAGGAUACAGUCACUGCUGCUCUUAAUGGUGUAUUACACGAUCCAAAAUACAGGAAUAAUGCGCAGAGACUAUCCAGAAUAUUCAGGGACCGGCCCAUUUCUCCAGCAGACUCUGCAGUGUUCUGGGUGGAACAUCUGCUACAGCAUGGCACCACUCAGCAGCUCAGGCCUGCCUCAGCACAGUUGUCAUGGUAUCAGCUCGCCUUGCUAGAUGUGAUAGCAGUAAUACUUGCUGCUUCAGCAGUCAUCUGUGUUGUCCUUCAUCUGGUUAUCACUAAACUGUGGAGAAGAGCAUUCAAUAAAGGAACACUGCAAGUGGAUAACAGUUGUGAAAAGAAAAUUAAGAGGAAUUAAAAAACUGUAAAUCAUCUAUUGCAUUUUAAAUUUGUCCUGAUACGUUUACUCAACAUUCUCUCUUCUAAUUUACUUUUAAAAUAUUAAGUAACAAAAAUUAUGCAUUUUGAUACUGUAAUAUGAAAAAUUAGAUAUUUGUAACCAAAAUAAUUUUUCAACAACUUUGAAAAUUGCUUAUGUCCCUUAUUUUGAUGAUUUUUAAAUGUGUGCAUAUUCUGAAAAAAAGAUUUGUUCCAUAAAAAUUGUAUGCUAGCUUACUGAAAGUCUUUCAGCGAAAAAUAAAAUUUGUAUAUAAUCAUAUUUAAACAUUUAAUAAAAAUGAUAAAUGUUAUUAUAAAACCAAAAUAACUAAAAAUAUUUUUAC